GCUCCAGUCAUCUAACAGCAAUGUCUUACUGGAUGCGUGUUUUCAGUGCGCUGGUGCUUUGCGCAGUUCAUUCAAACGCGGAAAUCACAGUAAACCAGCCACCUUCGAAGUCCACCUCUCUGGGUCAGAACGUUCAAAUCACCUGUACCAUGUCUGGCGCCAGUUUAGGUAGCGACAAUGUGUACUGGUAACGGCAGAUUCCUGGAAAGAUUCCCCGGCUUCUGAUAUACUAUUGGUCCGGUAGUAGUAUUUACAAAGGCUCGGGAAUUCCAGACCGUUUCUCCGGCUCUGUGUCGGGCAACACUGCGACAUUCACAAUACCUAACGUUCAACCUGAGGACGCUGCGGAUUAUUACUGUGCCAUGUGGAAAAACGGCUUAUUCUUCGGCAAAGGAACGAGGCUGAGUAUUGGAAAUCCCCGUUUCCCCACUGUCUCUUUACUCCCACCUUCAGCGGUGGAGGUCACGGCUAAGGGUACAGCGACCCUGGUGUGUUUAGUGAGCGGGUUUAAUCCCGGCAGAGUGGACAUUGAGUGGACUGUCGACGGCAGUAAGAGAAAGAAUGGAAUUCAGACCAGUCCGAUCCAGCAAGAGACAGACAACACGUUCAGUGCGAGCAGCUACCUGACUCUGCCAACCUCAGACUGGAACUCACACGAGCUUUUCUCCUGCGUGGUUAAACACGAGGCUCAGGCAAAGCCUGUCACGGCAAACAUUGCGAGAUCCAGCUGUAUCUGAUAUCUGAAACUUGUAAGCUGUGCCGACGAAGUUUGGUUAUCACUUUUUGUUCCUUUCACGUGGCAAAGAGGUAGAAAUGUGUUAGAUUCCGAAUUUUAAUAAAGAAGUUAAAACCUUGAUUUUUAUGACUUGUUCACCAUAAAUUCAGUUGACAGGUUGUUGAAUUUUAUCAAAGCCUCAAGAUGGAACAAUCUAUCUUUUGUGCAUUCAGUAAAGGUAACCAUAGACAAGGAAAUUGACAUUAUACC